UUUCCAUGGAAACGUAAACAAAAGUACAGGCAGUGAUUUGUCUUCGCUCACUGGCGCUUCAACUGCAGUUUGGUUCAUUUCGUGCGUAUCAAAGUCUGUGCUGUGUUUUGUUCGUUGAACAGCGGUCUUUCUUUCAAUCAGCUUCCGGAAUGGACCUGAACAGCGUUAGGCGCGUAUCUUCAGCCGGUUACCGAUUACAGGAGCGAUCAAAUGGGGCCAGACCGACAAUAACCCCUCCACCGGCCCCCAGGCCGCGGUACGCUAGAGGAGACACUGCGCCCGCGGUUCAACACUCAGACGGAGAUGAUGCCGUUAAACAAGAUCAAGUGUGGAAACAGGUGGUGUGGAGCGAGAGGAGAGGAGUCCUGGAGUGGGAGAAGAACUGGAGCUUUCUCAGGAACUAUGAUCAGCUGGGACGGCUGAGGUCAGAGGAGCCUCUGCCCAGUUACGUGCCACUCUUCUCUGAUCGUGUCCCCAACACCACCAACCAAAUGUUCGGCAACAGGCUGUCCACUGAGCUGGGGGCCAAAGUGGUCAGGCUGGACAACCUGUUGCUCUGGUCAGGACAUCACAAGCGCAAGAUGGACCCAGAGAUGCUGUCCUACUAGAUCACUCUGGAGACACUUCACAUGUGGACCUGCACGUCAAGUCUUUACUGUAACCCUUGGACUCCUCAAAGCAGUCACUGUAUAUUGUCUCCAUGUGUGGCGCAGUAAGGUCAGCGAGGUGUGGUACACCUUAGUGGGGUUAGCUUUAAUCUGUAUUGAGAAAACAGGCAUCUACUUAGAAGCCAUACUGGAAGAGCAGCCUGGAGUAAUAAGAAAAAAAUAUAUAUAUAUUGUCCUGCAGUUAUGUACCAUCAUAGGUUUAUCUUGAUUUUACUUUAAGCUCAGAAAUUGUUAAAGUUGGUCAAAAUGAGCAGGCAUACAGAAUUCAAUGAUAAAGACAGGUGAGAAGGGAAGACACAGGCAGAUCAGAUUCACAUUAUCUGCACUCUAUCAGGUAUCAGAUACUUGAUAAUCUAACAAGACACCUGAUGAAAGUUGGAUGAGUGAAAGGUUGUAUUGCCACUCCUGUUCUUUGUUAAAGGCCUGCGUACUUAAAAUAGUUCUGCAGGAACAUAAGAAGUAAGAAGAGAGGAGCUUAAAAUCAGGCAUGAAGUCUCUACAAAUCCCUGAGCGAAACAUAAAAGUUGAUAUGAGAAUCGUAAACAGUAAUGUUAGGAGAAUAUAUUUUAUUUGGGUGAUAUUUUUUGGUCGUUUUCAAUUUUUAAAAUAUCUGUUACAUACUGCUACAUGUUUCCGAGCCAUUGUUUUGUGGUGUAGCUGUGGAGUUACAUCCAGUUAAUUUAGUCCGAUUUUGAUUAAGAUGUAUCCACGUGCACUUUACGUGAACAGCAGCAAAUCUCAGGUUUCUGUAACAGAUGUACUGUUGUUGUUAUUGUGGUUGUACUGUUGUUAUAAAAUCAUUUGAAUAAAUAUGCUGGCCCCCAGUGAAUUUUGAUGUCAUUGUAAUAUGAUUGAUUGUUUGGAUAUCGCUGCAUCGCAUGGAUCUAAGUCAGUGUCUCGUUGGAAUAAAGCUUUUGCAUUAGAAA